CAGAUUACAAAAAAGAAAUAACCCGCCCGGCAACCCGGUGCAUCUGUCUCUCUUUUUGGAUCCACCUAUAAUCCCAAACUGUUUCAUUUCUAAGAACCUCUCUAUAUAACCCCAAAAUCCCUUAAAAAAAAAAAAGACAGGCAAAAAUUCUAAUGCAAUUAACAAUAUUCUCAUCAGGGGUUAAUAGGAUCUUGCUAAAGAAGAUCCCAAAUUACUCUAUUGGAAUUUUGAACCUUCUCAACAUUUGUCUUCUCCUUCUUAUCGUUUCAACCCCAACAAUUCAGGGUAUGAGGGUCCAUCCUCUCUCCCUGAAACGAAACAUUGGAAUUGAUUCGAAUUUUUCACAACAGCAACAACAAAUUCCUUGUCCCGCAAUGAAGAAACUCCGGAAACUUCCUCACGUAUUUAACAACGUCCUGGAAUUGCCGUUCCGUUCUGACGAGGAUGUGGCGGUGGAAGAGAAGGAAGGAUUCUUCCGUUUCAUGGCGAAAAUCGAACUGGAAGGAGCUGGCGAUGGACAAGUGAGGGCACAGGCGGUAGAGAUUCAUCCAGGGGUAACGAAGAUUGUGGUGAGGAAGGGCAAUGCAAACGGUGAGGAUGAAAUUAAGCUUUUGUUGGAACAAUUGAAUGUGGAUACAUGGAGGUAUAGGCUGCCUGCUUCAACUAUGCCGGAGCUGGCCACGGCAGUGUUUGUGGACGGUGAGCUUGUUGUGACGGUGCCCAAGGGUGAGAGUGGCCGUGGAGAUUUUGCUGAUGGAUCCAGGGGUGUUUGGGGAGGCGGUGGCCGACUUGUUCUUGUACAAUAGUUAUCUUUUUCACAUUAACCAAUAUAUGCAUUACUUAUCUAUAUUCUUCUUAUA